CUUCAGAUGGCACCUAAUACUAACUGAAAAGAACAACAAAAAAGCCUAUUAUUUUCCAAUCAGAGAGAGAGAAAAAUAUUUAAAAAUAAAAACAAUCGAACUGAACAUGUCACAUGUACGCAGAGAAAAACCGAGUACGUUCGUCAAAGAGACUCGAUGGGAUCGCAUACGCAAGAGGCACCAUACAAACGCUAUUGUGCAGACAUUGAAAACCGAGGCAGUUAAACGUUUUAUAGAAAUGGAUUUCAUUGGCAAACAUCAAAAUAAGAUAAUGAAUGGAAUUGCGGAAGAUCGGCCAUUGGAUCCAAUAUUGGUUAUGAAUAUAAGACAUGAAAUGUUUAAAAGGGCACCACACAAGCUAACAUUGGCUUCAACGGUAUCUCAAAAUAAGCGUGACGCAUGCAUAGCACAUAACCUUAAUGUGGAAGAUCGUUAUUUGGAAAAUCAAUUACAACGAUUUCGCGAGCAUUUAAAAAAAGAACAUCAACGUAGAAAAAUUCCCAGAAGACAAUUGGAAUCCCUUUUGAUAGAUAAUAGAGGAAUAAUGAAAAGUUUCAAUUUGAAUGAAAAAUGCUUACGAGAACUCUAUAAGACUCCUAUAGAAGUUUUAAAUGAAGUUAACGAAUUAUACACGAAAUGCAAUAACGAGAAGGAGAAAUAUAAAGGAACAGAUACUACCACUAAAUGCCAUGCUUCAGUCGCUUCCAAAGAAGAGAGUCGUCCAUCUUUGAUGCUCAUUUUAGAAGGAAAGCUGGAAAGGAAUAAAGGAUGUAAUGAAGAUAUAACCACAACAGUAUACAAUGAAAUAAACUCGAUGCCGGCAAACGAGAUAAUUCAAAAAUCUCCAUUAGAUUCGCAGAGGGAAGCAAUCUGUUCUAAGGACAUGUCUAAAUUACUUUCGGAUGUUAAAAUAGACGAUCAAGGACUUGAAUUAGGUGACCAAAGAUCACAAAAAUGUACAAAAGAAGAUUCCAACCACCAACCAUUGAAACUUAUAGAAUUUGAUCACUUUUUAGCGUUAAAAGAUAAAGAAGUGACUGACGAGUGCCUUCACUACUCAGAGACUCAGGAAAUUAAUCAAUUAAUUAAUGCAGAUAACGUAGAGGAAAGUACGGAAAAGGAUAUGAAUAAUGUCAAGGGCGACAGCCCAGUAGGCGAUGAAAGUAACAAUUUGAAAAGAAUAUUUGAGGAGAAUACUAUAAUUACUUUUAAUUUUAAUGAAAAUAUGACGCUGUCGAAAUCCGAUAAGAUUGGUGAAGAAACGGCAUUAAAAUCCAACACGCAGAUGCCCUUAGAAAAUGACGUAGAAAGCGAUGAAAAAGGUAACGGUAUAAAAAUCGCUGAGGAAAUUUUCCAGUUAUCAGGGAACGCUGCUAUUAUUGACAAAAUUGUGCCUAUAAAAGAGAAAGAUGAUACUGCCAUAAUCACUGAUGAAUUCGUUGAGAUUAAUGACCUGAUCCGACGUCAAAAGGAAAAGGAAAAUGAUUUUCCUUUUAACAGAAUUGAAAAUUCGCCACCAAUUGCGUCUUUCCAUGAAAUACCGACUAUAAUACAUUCUGAAUUAACGGUAAUUAGCAAGCCAAAAAGAAAUACAGUUAACUUGACAAAUUUAUGCAAUGAUCCGGAAAAAGUGCAGACAUUGCAGGAUCCACGUAACAUUGAAGAUCAUUUUGAUAAUAAUGUAGAGGGAGUUAGCUAUGCUGAGCACCGCUGCGUAAGGUUUGACGAAGCCGUGGCCGUGUGCAAUGCCGCCAGGCAGAAUUCCGGCUCUGCGCGUACCGAUCAUGCCAUCGAUUCCGUUAUAGCUGAUUUAGCAGCAGAGGCCGCAAAGGAAUUGGAGCAAGAAGGGCGGGAAAAAUGUAAAAAAAUAAACUGUAAGCCACCAGAGAUGAGAGACUUGAAAAGUGGUUUAACCCUAAAGGGCUGUUCUUUAGAAGCGCAAAGCCUUCUGAUGGUUACCGGAGGAAAAAUGCCAUCCUCUUGCGAACCGAGAAAUCUUAACGAAAUGUUCUACUACCCUUCAGAAUCUGUUUCAACGAAUGAAGAUCACCAUGACUCUUUGUCGUCCGUAAACGAGGAGCAAAGAAAAAUUAUUGAAAAACUUUUCGAGACACGAAGCACUCAAGCCAAUCUCUCCAUAAUGCGUAAAUAUUUUAUCAGAUGGACGCAUUUUAAAACUAUCGAGAAAAUCGAACGUGAAAAUGUUGGCGAUUGCCGCUUAGAUCGCGUCGGGAAAAUUAACAUAUUUCUGGAUAAGGUGCGUUUUGAAAAAGAUCGCCUGAAUAAGUUACAGAAAACUGCAACAGCGGAUGGACUUGCAGAGGAAAAUGUAGUCAAUAGCAAAAAAGAUAUCGCCUCGAAUGUGAUAAAGGCUAAAAAAUAUCAAAACAAGAUUAAGGUUCAGCAGGAUAUAAUUGAUUUACAGCGUGUAAAAUUGGAACGCCAGGAACGAAUUAUAAUGGAAUUGAAAUUGGGAAAGUUGUCGGAGGAAACGAAAGAGGCCAGACAAGAGCUUAAGGAAGAUUUAAAAACUGCUAUACGUUCCGGCGAUCCCAAGUUGAAAGCGAAGGCAAAAACUUUGCAAUUGAUAGGCAAUUUGAAGGAUCGGAACGAUGACGAUAGAUUUGGACGAUUGGAAGGGAAAGCCUUGGAGCCAGCUUUCCUUAGGAAUAUGCAAGAGAGAGCCUUAGCCAGAAGUAUAAGGCAGGAACAAGCUCGACAAAGGCGUUUGAAAAUUGAAGCUGAGAAGGAGGCACAAAAACUAGCUCUGGAAGAAGCUAAACGGUUAGAAGAUGAGGAAACUAAACGCUUACGCGUGGAAACUUGGAAUGAGAAACGUCGUCAAGAGCGAAUGGCGAAGAUACUUAAAGAACGUGAGAGACAGAGGGCUGCUGAUAAUAUGAAAAAAGCUCAGGAAUUUUGUAGACGUUUACUUUUAUCACGUAUCGGAAUGGAGGGAUUUAAACGGCUGCUGGAACGUAGACGUGAAAAAUUUCGCAAAUAUCAAGAGCUUCGACUUAAAUUAAAUAAGAAACGAUAUUUACAAGCUUGGUUUACGGUUUAUUGCAUAGCUAAGGCUAGACGAGAUAAAAAGGCUGAUGACUUUUACGAAUGCAUUUUGAAAAGACGAAUAAUGAACUGGUGGUGUUGUUAUGUGGAAAUGGAACGCAGUAAAGUCAAUGUCGCAGUAGAUUGGUAUGAUUUCAAGUUAGUUGAAGGCGUGUUUCGUAAAUGGUGGGCCCAUGCCAAACGUAUGCGGAUAAUAGAAGAAAGCAAGAUGAAACAAGCCUGUUCGCAUCAUGAAUGGCAAUUGAAAUGGAAGGUUUUAGAUUGUUGGCGCCGUUUGAAGCAAAUGUUACAACUGGAGAGAGAGACCGAAGAAAGACGUCAAAAAUGGCGUAUGAAAAUUUGGGAACUUAUUCCCGAUUAUACUCCGGCAAAGGAUGACUUGGAAUUCAUAUGAAAUAUUUAUGUAAAUAUAAACGAAAAUAGUCGCAGCCAAGUCAUUCUCAAU